GACAGAUUCAUAUCUUAAUUCAAACAUUUGACAUUCGAACUUAUAUUUUUGAUCCGAAAUUGUUUAUAUUUCAAAACGAUUAAAACAGCCUCAAUAGAUAGAUAUUAAAAAUGAGUGGAGGAAAAGAAGCUAUGGAAGUAGAAGUGGAAACUGUACCAACUGCAGAGAGCUCUAAAUCAUCUAUGGACACCUCUACCGAUGUAACCAAAAAUGUGAUGGCAUCAGGAGCCGUAGGAUCCAUAACUUGUUCACUGCAUCCCCUUGUAAUUAUGAAUGUUUCUGAACAUUGGACCAGAGAACGAGCACAGGAAGGCUCUGUACAACAAGUAAUCGGAGCGUUGAUUGGUAAACAGAAAGGUAGAAAUAUUGAAAUAAUGAAUUCUUUUGAACUGGUAUUCAGAGUUAUAGCAGGUGAUAUUGUUGUGGAUAAAGAUUAUUAUAACAUGAAAGAGGAACAAUUUAAACAAGUGUUCAGUGAUUUAGAUUUUAUUGGUUGGUAUACGACAGGUGAUGCUCCAAAUACUAUGGAUAUUAAAAUACAUAAACAAAUAUGUGAAAUUAACGAAUCACCUAUCAUGAUGAAGCUUAAUCCUUAUGAUAAAAAUAUAGAACAUCUCCCAGUAAAUCUUUAUGAAUCUGUGAUAGAUUUAAUAAAUGGUGAAGCUACAAUGUUGUUUGUUUCUUUGACAUAUACUCUAGCUACUGAAGAAGCAGAACGUAUUGGUGUUGAUCAUGUAGCUAGAAUGUCUGCCACUGACUCUGGUGAAAGUUCUUUAGUAGCUGAACAUCUCACUGCACAGCAUAGUGCCAUUAAAAUGUUACAUUCGAGAGUUCGUUUGGUUUUAGAGUAUAUGAAAGCUGUACAAAAUGGACAGUUGCCAAGAAAUCAUGAAAUACUUAGAGAAGCUUAUUCUUUAUGUAACAGGUUACCUGUUAUCGAUGGAGCUAGAUUUAGACAAGAUUUCUAUAAUCAAUGCAAUGAUGUUGGAUUAAUGACGUACUUAGGAACACUUACGAAAGGCUGCAAUGAUUUGAAUCAGUUUGUGAAUAAAUUCAAUAUCCUUUAUGACAGGCAAGGAGUAGGACGUAGAAUGAGAGGUAUUUUCUUUUAAUAAUCAUAGUAAUAAUAAAAAAAAACAUUCAGAGUUGUAUUAUUUAUUAAAAUUUUGUAAUAAACAAUCCUAUAAGUACAUUCGUCUUUCUUAAAUGUGAGUCAUAAGUAACUGAACAAAUAGCAAGUGAAAUAACGAUUUAAAAUUGGAGCAAAUGAACAGUUUCCAUUAUAAAAAGUUUACUUUCAUUAUUUAUUCACUUUUAAACCAGAUGUAAAUAUUCAAAAAAAGUUUGUAUAAAAGUAGGAAGACCGUGCGCUUUCUGUAUAGGCACUGGUUUUUACAAAACACAACCUCUAAAACAUUAUCGUUUAUAUUAAUAACAAGUAUCCAAUUAGAAAAACUAUUUGUGUUACCACAGUUGGUGAGUGUGUUUUUUCUUACAGAAAAUCCUUUUUGUUACCUAUUUUUAACUAUUCUCAACAUAUUUGACUCUAAAUCCCUUUUAUUUUAUCUAUUUAUAUAUUCAAUUCUUGGGGCUGUAUAAAAAUUAAUAGCAAAAAAAUAUUCUUUUACUCUCAAGAAAGUGAUAUUGUAUAGGUUUCUUUUUGUUCUAAUUAUUACCCAUACCGAUAAGUUCUUCAAACAAAGUCCCGCUCAAUUCCUUUCCUUGUAUAACCCUGUUGGAAUAUCUCAAUGUAGCCUCAGCUAAAUCCCUAACCGACCAUUUUCUGUCUAUGAGUAUCCUACAAACCGUAUCCAACUUGGCUAACUGUUGAUGUCCAUAUGUACGGUAAAUAAGUGCUGGUACACCUGCAACGCUCGCUGCCAUCCAUUGGAUGACUACUUUUAGUUGAACGUCUCCUUUAUGGGAUGAUCCGCAACCCCAAUUGCCCGUAGAAACGGCUUUGAGACCGUUCUUAGGUUUGUCAGAAAGUUGAGAGAGCUGAAAUCGAAAUGAUUAUGAAAACAAUAUUUUUAAAAACUAUUUAUGUUAUAUACAAAAUGUAAUAUUUGAGAAAAGUUAAUUUUGAAAAUUCUUACUAAUUAGGAUGCAAUUUAAAGUUGUGUAACUAAAUUACUAAUACAUAAGCUACCAGAACCCAAUUUAUCAGUAUAUUUAAGGAUUUAGAAAUUUUUUUUUCUUCUUUUGUAACCCAUUAGUGACAUGACAAAUUUCAUGAAAAUUCAGAAUAUCCUAUGCAUAAAAACUUUUCAGCUUUUGGACAAACUUCUAAUGUUUAGGUGAAUGUAAUAACAGUUGGUUUAGUUGAUAAUAUUAUGUGACACAUAGUGAAAGGGAGUAACCCUCUUUUUUGCCCGUUACCUACUUGACUUCAUUGUGGAAAACGGAGAUUUAUUUUCUUUUUAUUAUGUGUUAAUCAUUUCUUUUACUGGUCAAAAAAUAAUGUUCAAGUUUUGAUGCAACCAACGAUGCUGCUUUUUUAUAAAAUUUUAACUCCAGCCGAAAUGUUUUUUUUUUGGUAUCAUCAACCAUAAAAUAUAAAUUUUUGACGUUUAGAGAAAAAAUUGAAGAAAUAUAUUCGACUAUAGAUUAAUAAAUUUGUAAUAACUUUUUUAAUUGAUAAAAAUAAUUUGAUGUCAUUAUCCUAAUUUAAAUCCUGAAUUGCUUAGUAAAAAUCACUCCUUAAGUGAUCAGCAUCAACUUUAGUUGCUUGGGAGUAGCUCCAUUGUGGAUUAUUUAUUUAUUUAAGGCUAUUUUGGAGAGAAAGGUUUGUUGGGGUUGGCCCAGAUAUAGGAGUCGCUCCUCUGCAAGACUGGGGUUGUGCUGUCCUGACUGAAAAGGAGGAAAAACCGACUAAUGUCCAAAAGAAGACGAAAAGAGAGCUCUAGUUUAAGUAAAAACGAUUCUUUUUAGUUUGGGGAUAUAUUUUGGUUUCUAUUUUGUUUCUCUAUUUGUUUUUUUUUUGUUGUGCGGGUACAGCUGAUGAACUGGUUUACGAAGUGUGAGUGUUUCAUCUUAUGGAUAUGGGAGAGUUGUCUAGGAAGUUGAGGUAGAAGUCUUCAUAUGCUGUUAUUAGUAGCCAAAAGGGCGGGAGUUUCCUCUUGGGCGAGGGGUCGUAUAUUAGCGAGCCAGGGUGAAGAAGGGUUUCUUUGACAGUGGAGUUAUUCGAUUGUACCAAUCACAUGGGAUGUUUAGAGGUCCUUUAGACGGAUUGAGUUGGGGGUUGUUUAUAUUGACAUAAACGUUGUUGCGGGGGUUGAAUCUAUACUUAUAUUGGCAGUACCUGGGAAUACUAUUUUGGAACAAAAUGACUAAAGAAUAUUUAAAAAAAAAUGGGCUUUAAUAAGUUAGGGGAAUGUUUUCUAGAGAAAAAUUUGAGAAAAAUGGAAUUUAGUGGCUUAUAUAUUACUAAAAAUUAUUGGAUAAAUUAUUAAUGAUAAUUAAAUAUGAAUUUCUGUGUUAUUUUCAAGAAAAAAUCAAUAAACUUAAUGAAUUAUUCAUUUUUCACAAAUUAAUGUUGAAAUAGACAAAGUCUGGCAAAAGGCUUGUUUCACUGAGGACCCUGUAUAUAUUUUCGAAGUAUAUUAUUUUUCAAUAGUUCCUUAUGGUAUUAAAUAAAAGUAUCCCGAAGAAAUUUUAAAAGUUUGUACGAAAUGAAAAUAUGCAAGAUCCCUUUUUAUUCAAGAUCCAUUGCACAGACUUUAGGGUUUAUUAAAACUUGUAACAAAAAAAAUGGCUGUAUACUGGAUAAAUCUUUAUUUACUAGUGGAAUAGGUAACCAAAUUCAAUAAAAUAUUAUACGGGUUGGUUCAUUAAAUUGGAAUCUGUGAAUGCAAUAAUAAUUUAUAUUAUAAAAAAUGUUUCAUAUUUUUUAAUAUACCUCGUAUAGAUUGAAAAAUUUUAUUGUAUUAUGGCUGAAAUAUAAGUUUUCCUACGACCACUUAUGAAAAUGAUAGAUUGCACACUCAUUUUUACCUAAGAAAGUAACUUAUUUCACACAUGUACUAAAACAUAACAAAACAUACAUGUAUUGAAAUGCUUCUUUUUCUAAUGUUAUAUAUGGUCUCGAACGAUAGAGGGAAUACGCGAAUACAAUAUGAAUUUUUCUGGAUGCCGAAGGCAAAAGGCCAAAUUUAAGAAAACUGAAGAAGUAGGCAAUAUGAUUUUUUGAGGUUAUAUUAGAGUUUGCAAUAAAAAUUGAAAGUUUGUUGUGAUUUCUGUUCAAAUACAUAUUAAUGUCUGCAAGAUAAUUUAAAUGUUAAAAAUAAGUGUUACUAUUACUACGUAAUGUAUAAAGUAGUUGAUGAAAAUUUAUUUUCCAUAGUGAAAGAAAACAUUCCUCAUGACUGUCUUGAUUUUACUAACAGGUACUUUAAGUUAAAAGUUUAAAAAUUAUUUGUUCUAUUGGUUUUUUUUCUGUUCUUUAGUUAUAAAAUAUUUUGUAGAAUUUUUUAACUUUUGAGCAUACAUGUUCAUAUACUUUUUUGAAAAGUAUUCCAACACAUGUGUGAUAUUGUUUAAUUGACUUUCUUAUUUAAAAAAUAGGUUAUUUAAGAAUUUGUUACAUGGUCGUAGGAAAAAUAGUGUACACAACUCGUUGGAAAGUGUAUUUCGCCCUCGUUACAUUUCAUCAACUAGUGCGAAAGCUAUCAGUUUCCAAACUCGUUAUGUAAUAUAUAUUAUUUGCAACAUGUUGGAAAGUUUCACAAAAAAUACUUUUUUGUAAUACUAUUAGAAAUGGUACAAAAUAUGUUAAUACCAUCAUCAAAUAAACAAACCUAUACCAGUGGUAGAUUAUAAUUUAUUUGGUUAUUAUUACUUUUUAUAGUAAUUUUUUAUUUGUAUAUGUAUAAAUAAUUAUUUUGUUAGUAAGCAAUUUUACCUCAUUUUGUGGCAAAUUAACAUUAACGGAAAUAUCUUCUAAAGUCUGUACAAUUGCUUCAGUAACACAAGUAAUAAACCAAGUUUUAGUUUUUGUUAAACUACAAGCUGAAUCUUCAUUCUCAAAAUUUGUUAUUGCUACAUUCUCAUUUUCGUAAUCUGGAUAUAAAUCAGCACUCUGUUAAAAAAAAAUACACAAAUAUACCAUUUAUACCAAAGUUUCAUAUUCGAAUGGCUUAUAACUUUUAAAAUUGUUUCCAAGGCAUGUUGACUUUGUACAAAAAUCUAAUUAUUCCUCAUAAAUUAAAUAAAAUCAUUUUCCAUUAUGAUCCAUUGUUCGGAACAUCAUGAACAAACGACAAGCUUACCUAUCAAUUAUAAUUGAAUAAAAAAUUCUUGAUAAUUUGUUGUAACAAUAAUUUUACAAUUUAAUCCCAAAAUAAACUGUAUUAAUUAAAGGAAAUAGUUGUUAUUCACUGAAGAUUGAUUAUAUAAGCAGCAGAACUAAAAAUGUUAGAAAGGCUUUACCACUAAAGAUUUAACUUAUCAUUUACAUAUAUUGAAUAAAUAAAAAAUCAGGGGUUAUGUACAAAGUUCUGUUAUUAUAUUUAGUUUCUCCUUUUGGGCUAUUUGAAACAUCAUGAAGAUGAUACUACUGUAAAUUUUUUUAACAUUUAUGAAAGCC